UGUUUAACCAUAUUUAACACCUCAGUUGUGACUUCCUAUAACAAGGGAUCGAAACCAACAGCGUAUCAUUUCCACCUGCUCUCGUCUGUGUUGCAGAGGAACUGGUAACCUUAGCUAUGGAGGAAAUCUAUGUCAAUGUUGAGUCUGUCUGUGAAAAAUCUGUCAAACCAAAUCAGACAGGUAAGAAUAUUCAAGCAGACGGAAAGGCCAAUUCAGCAAGGAGAUUUCAUGGAGUCGUCAUUUGCCUGGGGCUGCUGAUUAUUUGUCUGCUGGCUGGACUCAUUGGCCUCAGUGUCUACUACUAUAACUCCAUACAGAGUUCAGAUGCAGAACUCUCCAAUAUCAAAGCCGUACUGACUGAGCUUCUCCAGGCCAGUGAAAACAAGUCUGCUUCCCUGACUGAAGAGAAACGUCUGCUGAAUUCUAGCCUCACUGAACUGGCUAAAGAGCUGAACAGGCUGAGACAUAUUUGUCCUGCUGGAUGGACCCAGUUCAGCUGUGCCUGUUAUCUCCACUCCAAUGAUUCUGGUUCCUGGCAAAAGGCCAGAGAUGAUUGCAGAAAGAGAGGAGCAGAUCUGGUGGUCAUUGGCAGUACUGUGGAACAGACCUUCAUCUCUGGCUUCACUAAGGAAGGAACCAUGGCUUGGAUUGGUUUGACUGACGAAGUCAAAGAGGGCACCUGGAAAUGGAUUAAUGGAAAUUCAACUACCCUAAAGUUCUGGCGUAAUCAACAGCCUGAUAAUGGUGGUGGACCUCAAAUACAAGAAAACUGUGCCCAUAUUAUAAGCAAAGUGAAUGAGAUCAAUAACUGGAAUGAUUUGGGUUGUGAUAAAAGUCUGACAUGGAUCUGCGAGCAAUAUAUAAUACAGCAAUAUUAGUAUUUAUGCAGAAUUGUAUGCCAUAUGGAACGAAACUUCAUGCUCAUCCAUCUUCCAUCCUUUCUGAUAAAUGUUCCUGUGUAAAAGUUUCUGCUCCAGCAUUAGAAUUGUCUUGUGUUAUAUGAAGGAGAAAUCCAAGGCUGGAAUUGAAACUGUUGUUGUGAUCCCCAAUUGUUCAAAGGUAGAGCUUAGAGGUUGCUCUUCUUUUUCUUUCUAUUGCUCUGAUGUGGGGUUUUUCCAUGUCUUCUUUCUGAUACAAUAAGAUGUUAUGCUUUCAACAAUGCUUCACGCAAUAAUAAGA